GGAGCUGAUCUACAUGUCCGCUAUAAUACAGACCAAGCGUCCAUUAUAGCACGUCACGGACCGCCUACUACUUUGAAAAGUGAAGCUAAAGAAGCCAAGGAGCCUCCCACCACGUUGGAAGAUUCGGAGGAAUCGGACUCCAGUGAAGAAAACAGCAGUGCUUCAGAAAUGGAUUUUCUACGUGAUCUUUUCUCCCGGACACUGGGCUUAGGGACCCCAGAAAAAGUCCUCGAUGAACUCAGCCUGGAAGGUGUAGGCAGGUUCCUGCUCAGUGGUAAAUGUAAGAAUGUGGUAUUUAUGGUUGGAGCUGGGAUCUCAACAUCUGCAGGAAUUCCUGAUUUUCGUUCUCCGGGUAGUGGAUUGUACUCUAAUCUACAAAAAUACAACUUGCCAUAUCCAGAGGCCAUAUUUGAAAUUGGAUUCUUCAAGCAAAACCCAGAACCAUUCUUUGCUCUGGCCAGAGAGCUGUACCCAGGACAAUUCAAGCCAACUAUUUGCCAUUACUUCAUGCGGCUAAUGAAAGAAAAGGGUAUGCUUCUACGCUGCUACACUCAGAACAUUGACACUUUGGAGAGAGUGGCCGGUCUGUCUUCCGAUGACUUAGUUGAGGCUCACGGGACUUUCCACACUUCUCACUGUAUUGGGACGUUCUGUGGAGCUGAAUAUCCUCUUCCUUGGAUGAAAGAAAAGAUCUUCUCUGAUCUGAUUCCAAAAUGUGAUAAGUGUAAUAGCUUAGUUAAACCAGAUAUUGUGUUUUUCGGAGAAAGCUUGCCCCCCCGAUUCUUCUCUGCCUUGAAGUCUGAUUUCAAAAAUGUUGAUCUCCUUAUUGUGAUGGGAACAUCUCUUCAGGUGCAGCCAUUUGCCUCUCUUGUUGGCAAGGCUCCUAGUAAAACACCGCGUCUGCUGAUCAACAAAGAAAAGACAGGAGAGGGGGACUCAUUUUUUGGACUCCUUGGCUUGGGAGGUGGCAUGGACUUUGACUCAGAGAAAGCUUACAGGGACGUGGCCUGGCUUGGACAUUGUGACGAUGGUUGCCUUGCUUUAGCCGACUUCUUAGGAUGGAAGGCUGAGUUGGAAGAAAUGAUGAAGAAAGAGCAUGCAGCCAUUGACGCGGCCACGGAGAAGAGCUCCCCUAAAAAGACAGAGGAGGAGAAGUCCCCUGAGAAAAAGCAGGGUGAAAAAUCAACAGAGUAACCCGUUACUGUAACCGCGCUCAUCUUCAUAAAUGUGAACUCGCCUUCAUUAUAACUGCCACCGCUCUAGCUCUUGAUUACGGGCGCUACCUGAUGACUUAUACUGGCACUGUUUACACAGAAUUAUGGAGGAAUAGUGUAGACUUGAGGUUUAUCUCUGCAAUUAUGAUAAAAUUAUUAGCUGUAGUAGCUUCCUACAUCUUCUGAACCUCCUGAUAGUGACAUUCAGCAUCCCAGCUGUUACCAUUAGUAACUCCAUAGAAAGAAAGCAGGUAUGUCUGUGCAGCCGGUGCGUAAUGUGGCAUAAGGACUCUCAAUCUAAUGAAAGGGUUUAUAUGACCUAACAAUGAUUUGCUGUGCAUUUUACAGAUAUUAAAAGUUACCUGGGAAUUAUAUGAA